UUUGUUGUUCUUUACUCUGCAGGGGUAUGGAAUGAGUGAAAUCGUUGGUAGUAGGUGAAGCCUGUUUUCCUCAUGUUGAAUAUCCGGAAUGAAGAGGAGGGAGAAGAACAGUUGAUCAACCCUGGGAUACAAAGGCUGAACGUGCCCGAGGAUCCCGUGUUCGAGUCGGAUGAAGUUGUGGGCCAGCUGAUGAAGCUGGAGCACAGCUUCCACAGGCCAACAGUGGUCAAAUGGGCAAACGAUGCAAUUGGCCAUUGGGACAGUGAGCGACGUGUGGUGGCCGUUCACCAAGCCAUCAGGUCCAGAUACCCCCACCUGGGCUUCUCCGAAAGACUCGAGCAUUAUAUUUUCCCCGAAGAAGCUCUGUUCCUCGCGGAGACCGCCAGACUGGUAGUUUGCGUGGACCGAGUACCGCUGACAGACUUCCGCCACUUGUACUCCCUGCUUCUUAAUGGCGGCAGCGCUUCGGUAUCACCGGGUGUCUAUGCAUUGUACGCCCGCCUGGCCCGUCGCGGAUGUCAUCUUCGUCGGCUCAGGAGACGCCGUGCUGCUGAUGACAAACCUGACCCAGCAAUGGCGGGACAAGUCUUGUCGUCCAGCAACGAGGACAAGGCCUUGUUGCACCAGCUCGGCUCAAGGUCGAGGAAGGAAGAGGAUCGCCGGAGGACAUUGCGAAAGACGGAGGAAGACUGUUUGAAGCACGCUUUGACUCGCAGACCGUGUCUGCCGUUUCCCUCGGUUUCCUGUCCCGCGUGGGAAGUUGGACGGGUGCAGAGGCUGUCGGAGGGCCAGGUCACGGCCAUGGUGGACUCGGAAACGUGGUGGAACCUGAGGAGAGUCACUGGCACGGAUUUGGGCAGGUUUCUGGGCUGCUUGGACCAGUUGCGCGAAAGCCCGAUUUGCAAUGACGAGUUGCUUGCUCAUCUCCGGAACCUGGUGACUAAGCCGGAUCGACGGACCUUGGCCCUCCUGUAUCCUGGUGCGUCUCUGGCCAGCGAGGAUUCCUUCUCCGUUGAGGAUUGGUAUGCUGCCGACCAUGAGGAUCACAUUCCGACAAGAACCUUUUUGCACGACCCAAAACGAGAAUUCACGUCAUUCGCCGCAGAAAAGUUGGACACUAUUACCCGAGUGCCCAAUGCAUUUGGUUCUCUUUGGACGGGAGGACCGCAGUAUUCCAUGUCCAAAGCCUGUCGACCGAAAAGCAGUCUCAUUUACGAAGUGAAUCCUUAUUCCAAGAAAUGUGGGCCAGGAAUUGCGUCUCGACUUUCGUCGCUGAUUAUCCCGAGGAAUUGCGAUAGGGAGAACGAGGCGACAUUGAAAGACGUGCUUCACUUGUCUGCCCGCCGUCACGUUGGUCUCGAAUCUGGUUUCAGUUGUUCGGAUCCCGUUUUGAUCGGUUCCGUGAUUGGAGAUGAUGCUGAAAUUCUGAGCAUUGUGACUGCUGAAGUGCCUUCCGCUGACGACGUGGAAAUUGUUUGACGAGGAAUUCAAACUCGACUCGACGAAUACCCUCGAUUGAAGGACGGAGGGAUGAGAAUUGCCGAUUUUUGAUAGCAUGUGUUGGGUUCUCAGGAUCAGUUUUCAUUUUGUCUCAAAAAUGCGCCGUUUUUUUUUGGAUUUUCCUGAAGGUGGUUUUGGACGAGAGUGUUCUUCAAACGUGACAGUAUGUCAUUAUGGCUGUCUAAAUUGUCCAAAAUUCUUGUGGCACCCAGUAGAUUUAGUCGAGUGGUUGCUCUGAACAGUUUUUCCUCGCGAUCGACGCAGGAUCUCGAGGAUAUCUAUCCCAAUAGUUCUUUGAAAUUUGAUGCACCUCAAAAGGUACUGCAUUCUUUACUUGUUGCGUGCUGAGUUUGAGUUUCGUAUUGAUUUGAUUAUGUUUUUGUGUUACAGCCCCCGGAAACCAAAGGAUUAAACUUCUCUGGGUUUAUUCCCAUCGAUUCCUUGCAAGUCACGUGCUCGAGAAGCAGCGGACCUGGUGGCCAACACGUCAACACAACCUCAUCGAAGGUGGAUGUGAGAUUCGAAGUGGCCAAAGCAUCGUGGUUAUCUGAAGAGCUGAAACAACGACUCGUGGAACAAAACCCGAACGCAUUGAACAAGGACGGGUUUUUCAUUGUCAAGUCGGACAAAACCCGGUCGCAACACCUGAAUCUGGCCGACUGCUUGGACAAGUUGAGGAAAACCAUUUGGGAGUCUGCCAAGGAGCCCGCGCCGCCGUCGGAGGAGAGCAUCGAGAGGCACCGGAGACUGUUGGAGAGAGCCGCACGACAGCGUUUGGCCGAGAAGCGCGUUCGUGCGGUCGUCAAGGCCAGUCGGCGACAGCCCUUGGGCCUGUAACAUUAUGGCGGCGGCGGCGGCAGUGGUGGCCAACAGCGCGUUGUUCCGCGAGGCCGUCGAGAAGUACAUGUCUGCGUGGCCAGCGCUGCAACUGGCCAUUCAGCACCAGACCAGCGGCGCUCACACCGUGUCCAAGGCCCGCUGGCUCGUGGGCGUCAUCCUGGGCUACUUUGCCGACAACGACGACCUGUGUCCGGGCGAAGUGAGCGACUUUAUCGGGGACAUCAUGGACGUGGAGUUUGACGUGUAUGUGGAGGAUGGGACGCUGGAGCAGCUGGGCCAGGACUUGAUACAGGCAUUCCGGCUCGUGGCUUCGAGUCAGGAGCAGCAGUUGCGUGCCCGGAUUGAUCACCUGCCGCCUGCGAACCUGGCCAACGUGAGCGUCGUGCUGGACUCGAGUCAGAGUGGUGGUGGUGCCAGUGCCAGUGGUGGCGAGUCGACGGCUCCUGAGGGCAUCACGAGUAGACUGGCAAACGUGGCCAUUGCCUCGUCUUCUUCAUCAUCGUCGUCGCAAAAUCAUGAGGGACCAACGCGUGAGUCGUCUGAACCCAUGGAUGCCGAGGACCAGGUUGAUGAUGGCUGGACGGUGGUCACCAAGGCCGGGAAGCGGAGAUGAAGUGGUGUUGUUGCCUUAGUUGAACUACCCUACUGUGUUUGAAGCCCGGGAUGAAAUGAAUAAUCCUUUCCCGUCAA